GAAUUUAUUACGAUAAUGGGUACCAAAAGUGAAAGAUCGGCAAACGAUGCGGAAUUACUACGUGAUCAAACACCAGAAUAUAUGUUACUACCUAAAAUGAGAUUCAGGUUGAGUUUGAGCGAAUUUUGGGGAGAUGAAGAAUUGAAAAAUUCCUUCUUAGAUAUUAUAAAGCGUAACAAUAUGGCACCAUAUUACCAAGAGGUGUGUCAAGAUUUCUAUUGGGAAAUGGAUGCAAAUUUGUACAAUGAAAUGCAUCAGGUUAACGUAGUAACAUGGGAAGAAUUAGAAGCGGGUAAUACGAAUUUGAAUAUAGAGGAAGAUACUAAAGGAAAUUGGAGAGAUAUGCUUGAUUACGCGUGUAAAAUCGGUGAUACCGAUCGUGCUAAUAGUAUUGCAACUUCUAUAUUCGAAGAUACGAAUAAUUCAUCCGGGGUCAGAGCAGAAGCAGCUUUCUGUCUUUUUCGAAUAGCUUAUUUCAAAAGUAACGUAUUAUCUAUGGGCAAGGCAGUCAAGAAUAUUAACGACUUGAUGGAAGUAUCCUGCAAUAUGGGUAGCAAUUGGUGUUGUCGAAAUAAAUUGAAGGCAUACGAAGCGCUCUAUUGUUUAGCAGUAAGAAAUUUCGCACGUGCCGUGUCUCUUUUAUUAGACUGCAUUCCUACCUUCGAAUCGUACGAAUUGUUACCAUUCAAGGAUAUCGUACAAUAUACUGUCCUGGCUGGUAUGAUCUCUUUAUCAAGAUCAGACCUUGAUAAACGAUUCAAUAAUAAUGGUAUCCUACAACAAUCUUUAAUGAUCGAAUGUUCAGCUUACAUGGAUUACUUAAACAGUCUUUAUGAUUGUCAUUACGCUGAUUUCUUUCAACAUCUCGCAUGGAUCGAAAUGGAAAUGAAAUUUGAUCCUCUUCUUCGUCCACAUUAUCAGUAUUACGUUCGAGAGAUGCGUAUAAAAGCGUAUUCGCAACUUUUACAGGCAUAUCGUACGCUCAGUUUAAAUCGUAUGGCUAUCGAAUUUGGUGUUACUGAGGAUUAUAUAGAACAGGAAAUGGCACGAUUCAUCGCGAAUGGUAGAUUACAUUGUAAAAUUGAUAAAGUUUCUGGUACUGUGGUUACCGUUAGCGCAUCCGGUUGUGACAGAGGACAACCGCCUGAUGCUAGCUGCGAUCGAGGAUUGGUUUAUCAAAAUACGAUAAAACGUGGUGAUAUGUUGCUUAAUCGUAUGGCUCAUCGAAUCUUUUUACAACGUUCUAAUGCAAUUUCAAAAGCAAUAACCAACGUUACGCACAAAUUUGAUUAUUUGCUGGUACUUGACUUUGAAGCUACCUGUGAGAAAAACUCCUUGAUAGUGCCUCAAGAGAUCAUUGAAUUUCCUUGCAUAGUAUUAAGCACACACGACUUUGAAAUCAAGAAUGUUUUCCACCGGUAUGUCAAGCCCAGGGUGAAUCCUAAUCUCACGACCUUCUGCACGGAAUUAACUGGAAUAAUGCAAGAAACGGUCGACAAUGAACCUUACUUUCCAAUUAUAUUCUCUCAGUUUUGUAUCUGGUUAAAGGAUAAUAAUUACUUUGAUCCACUUGAUAAAAGUGCUUUUGUAACAUGUGGUAAUUGGGAUUUAAAAGUAAUGUUACCUAAUCAAUGUGCUAUAGACAAUUUACCAUUACCAAAAGAAUUUAAUCAAUGGAUAAACUUGAAAGAAAUAUUCUGUAUUUCAUGUGAAUAUUUUCCUCGUAAUUUAAUGGAUAUGCUUUCUCAUUUGAAGCUUUCAAUGACUGGUAGACUACACUCUGGCAUCAAUGAUGUAGAAAACAUGAUCAAAAUAAUCCAAGCUUUGAACAACAUACAUAAAGCACAAUUUAAGAUUACUAAUAAGUUGGAUAAGAAAAAUAUUGUAAUUUAAUCUCAACAUUUCUGUACAGUAAAAUUUAUAAAAAAGCCUUUAUUAACAUUAAAAUAUCGUUUUUAUAAAAUAUAAAAAUACUUGUAUUAAAAUCUGUACAUUAAAUGUUAAGUUACUAUUAUAAGACACAAAUUAUUGCUGUACAACAGCUACUUUUAUCUUUACAUCUUGUCUAUGAUUUUCAGUGUAUAUUUCAAGCAUAGCUUCUAAAUUACGUUGAACUUUCUGUUUGCAUUUGAUUUUUAAAGGAAAUCCUUUACCAGCUGGUAUCAUACCCUCAGCUGGUAAAAUACUAAGUACAUCUGUGUUUGAUAAAACAGUUUCAUAUGGUUGUGCUACUCUGCUUGAACUUAAAAUAGUUAUAAUUGCUUCAUUUUUUAUUGAAGGGAUUAAAUUCACAACAUUAGGAGAUACAGUAAAAUAAUCAUCAAACAGUU